CCAAACGUCACUGUGUGGGUGGGAGGGUAGAUAAUUGCGUAAUGUUCCUAGAAUUGAACCAACAAAUGUUGACACCUCCCCAUCAUCUGCCUAUUUGCUGUUCUGAAGUUCGUCCUCAGUGCAGGUCAACAGAGUAAGAACAGUUGCAGCGUCAUGGCUGCCUUUCUUCAUCACUGCCCCUUCCUGAAGUCUGCUCCAAAGCCAGCUCUGAGAAGAACCGGAGCCUCUUUGCUGUCUCUAGCUGAAAAAUGCCCCAUCAUCACUCGCCAGAUCACUGUGAGUUCCCCAGCUUCUCUGGAUUCCAAGCUGAGCAGCCACACCACCAGAUCUAAGAGUGACCAGGUUUUCACGGUGGAGCAAAAGAGGCGGUUUGCUCAGACUGCCACCCAUGUGGCUGCGUCCAUGUCGAAGGCCUGCCCUUUUGUUUCUUCUCAGAUAGGAGUGGUACAAGCCAGUCCUGAAGUACAGGAGGACGUGAAAGAUGGUCUGAUGAAGUCUCUGCUGAAAGGUUUAAAAGCAUCCAUGUUUCCAUCAGGAGCUGACCUCAACACUGUCACACACCUCCUUAGAGACAACAUGGUGGGCCCCAGCUAUGACUACGACCACUUCUUCACUGAGAAGAUUUCUGAGAAAAAGAAGGACCACACUUACAGGGUCUUCAAGACAGUGAACCGAAGGGCCAACACCUUUCCUUUUGCUGAGGAUUAUUCCAUUCCUGAGAGGGCGGGCGCCCAGGUGUCUGUGUGGUGCAGCAACGACUACCUCGGAAUGAGUCGGCACCCCAAGGUCCUCGGUGCCAUCAGGGAAGCUCUGGAGAACUAUGGUGCCGGUGCUGGUGGGACCAGGAACAUCUCUGGCACCAGCAACUUUCAUGUGGCUCUGGAGAGAGAACUUGCUCAGCUGCACGGGAAAGAUGCUGCUUUGGUGUUCUCCUCCUGCUUUGUGGCAAAUGAUUCCACCCUCUUCACUCUUGCCAAGAUGCUGCCAGGGUGCGAGAUCUACUCUGAUGCAGGGAACCAUGCAUCGAUGAUUCAGGGCAUCAGGAACAGUGGAGCCAAACGCUUCAUCUUCCGCCACAAUGACAGGCGACACCUGGAGGAGCUGCUGCAACGCUCCGACCCCAAGACUCCCAAAAUAGUGGCGUUUGAGACAGUUCACUCAAUGGAUGGUGCCAUAUGCCCUCUGGAGGAGCUGUGUGAUGCAGCCCAUCGUUACGGCGCACUGACAUUUGUUGAUGAGGUUCACGCCGUCGGCCUGUAUGGAGCUCAUGGAGCUGGAGUGGGCGAAAGAGACAACAUCAUGCACAAGAUCGACAUAGUUUCAGGGACCUUGGGCAAAGCAUUUGGGUGUGUAGGAGGCUAUGUUGCCAGCAGCGGUGCUCUAGUGGACACAGUGCGCUCCUAUGCCGCUGGAUUCAUCUUCACAACUGCUUUGCCCCCAAUGGUGCUGGCUGGAGCCCUGGAGUCUGUCCGGAUCCUGAAGAGCGCCGAAGGUCAGGUGCUCCGAAGAGCUCACCAGAGGAACGUGAAACACAUGAGGCAGCUGCUCAUGGACAAGGGCUUACCUGUGGUCAACUGCCCCAGCCAUAUCAUCCCCAUCCGGGUUGGAAACGCUGAGCUGAACACAAAGGUAUGUGACAUCCUGCUGGAGAAAUACAACAUCUACGUCCAGGCCAUCAACUAUCCCACUGUGCCUCGUGGUGAGGAGCUGCUGCGCUUGGCUCCAUCACCGCACCACGAGCCUGACAUGAUGGAGUACUUUGUGGGGAAACUGGUGGAGGUGUGGCAGGAGGCAGGUCUUCCCCUCAACAGUCCUGCCACAGCCGCCUGUACCUUCUGUGACCGCCCUCUCCACUUUGACCUCAUGAGCGAGUGGGAAAAAUCCUACUUUGGCAACAUGGAACCCCAAUAUAUUACUGUGUAUGCCUAAAAUCAAGGUGUGUUCUGGUCCAAAGCGAAUCUGUGUGAAAACUGUGUGCACUCUUUAAAAACACAUACUCAGACAUUGCAUUUACAGUUUCUUCAUCCAUCAGCUGCACCUUUUAUUUAGUACAUUUUAUUUGCAUUCUCAGUGGUGUUAGUAGACAUGAAAAGUUAUUUUCUUUAAAAGCAUCAAACCUGCACAUUUGACACUUUCAAAUUUCUUAUCCACGUGUGAUAGUUUGAAUGAAAGUAUUUAAUGUUGCUGAUUUCACUCAUUCAAGUGAAGUAUUGAUGCAGAUUUUGUUAGUUUUUGCCCUAAAUAUUGCUUAGCAUGUGUCUGGUUUUAAAUGCAUGUACUAAUAAAGUUAUUUGGUGAUGCUGUUUGACAAGAUACUCCUCUGAAAUA